CUAAGUUUCAGUUUCCUUUCUGCUGCUCUGCUUAGUUUCUUUUCUCCUACCCCGCUGGCUUGGGAGUUUUCCUCUUCCCUCUGAGUCAGCCGAUUUUCAGUGGCGAGCUGUGAGCUUGCGCCGAGGUUGUCUCCCUCCUCUUUGAAAGGUCAGGGGGAAUUUGCCUUCCCUGAUUUCAGCCUGCAGACCAGAGCUGGGGGCACCACCGCCCACCAGUUGCAGCGACAGGGUGCUUUGCACCGAAGGGAUUUUCUCUCCUUUGCAAGCGUGAAGCCAGAGCAAAGGACACAAAGGAAAGCUGGGAACUAGUUCUACAGGGGCUGCGCCAGUAAACUGGAGCCCGGAUGACUGCGGAGCAGAAAGAGAGCCUGCGGUGCUACAGGCAGUACAUUGAGAAGAUACUGAAUCCUGCCUAUGUGCUGGGCUACAUGAACGACUGGCUCUCUGAUGGUGCCAGAGAGAGAAUUCAGAUUGAGGAACAGAAGGAGGGGCUGACUGCUGCUGCGGCUCUCUUUGUUGACUCUAUACUGCAGCUCGAAUCAGAAGGAUGGUUUCGGGGAUUUCUAGAUGCACUGAAUGAAGCAGGUUACACUGGUCUGAGGGAAGCAAUUGAAAACUGGGAUUUUCAAAAACUUGAAAGCCUGGAGGUGCAUCGGCAGCUGCUGAAACGUAUAGAAGCUACGAUGAGAGACAUUGAUGCAGAACAGAUAAUUCCUUACUUAAACACUUGUCUCAUAGACCGAGAAUGCGAAGAGAUUCAGCAGGUCAAAGAACUGAAAGGCAGAAUGGCUGGUGCUGUAAAGCUCAUUGAAUGCCUUUCUAGGUCAGACAAGGAAAACUGGCCCAAAACCUUUCAUCUGGCUCUAGAACAAGCAGGAUAUGACCGAGCAAGCAAACUGUGGAAUAUGAAAGAAGGUGACAAUAAAGAGAUGGAUGUUGAAAUGAUGGAGGACCAGAAUGGGACCAGUAGUGCCUUUGACAUAAAUGUACAGUAUUCCGAAGAAGCAGAAGUUCACAAUUUCAGUGAAAGUCCGUGUUCUCCUUCAGAAGUGUCUCAACAACCUACUUAUGGACCAAAGAAGGCUAGAAGUUAUCAGAUUGAGCUUGCCCGGCCUGCUGUCAGUGGGAAAAAUACAAUCAUAUGUGCUCCUACUGGAUCUGGGAAAACCUUUGUGGCACUUCUGAUUUGUGACAAUCAUCUCCAAAACAUGCCCAAGGAACAGAAAGGGAAGAUUGUCUUUCUAGCUACUAAAGUUCCAGUAUAUGAACAACAGAAAAAAGUCUUCACGCAACACUUUGAAAGAACUAGGUACGAAGUUGCGGGGAUUUCUGGGGAAACGGCUGGGGAUGUCUCUUCAGCAAGCGUCAUUGAAGGGAAUGAUAUCAUUGUCUUGACACCUCAGAUCCUUGUGAAUGCUCUCAAAGAUGGAACUGUUCCUUCCCUUGCCAUUUUCACUUUGAUUAUAUUUGAUGAGUGCCACAACACCACUGGGAAUCACCCCUAUAAUGUGUUAAUGACCAGCUACUUGAAUCUUAAAUUUGACUCCGCUGUGAAACAGCUGCCUCAGAUUGUUGGCUUAACAGCCUCGGUCGGCGUGGGCAGUGCCAAGACCCUCGAGGAGACGAUAGAAUACAUCUGUACCCUCUGCGCCUGCCUCGACAUACAAGUCAUAUCUACCAUCAGAGAGAACACACAAGAACUGGAGGAGAUUGUAUACAGGCCCCAAAAAUCUUUCAGACUAGUCGGGAAGCGCCCCAAAAACCACUUUAUGGCCAUUAUCUCAGUCCUGAUGUCUGAAACUGAGGCCCUGGCAAGCAAGAUUUACCCAAUAGAUGCGUUGUCCCACAUUAAGAGUAAACGUUUCGGAACGCAAUGCUAUGAACAGUGGAUCGUUGACACUCAGAAGAAGUGCAGAAUGUUGCAACUGCCGGACAAGGAGGAAGAGAGGAGGAUUUGUAGAGCUCUCUUUAUUUAUACUGAACACUUACGGAAAUACAAUGAUGCCCUCAUCAUCAAUGAAGAUGCACGGACUCAGGAUGCGUUGGCCUACUUGACUGAAUUUUUCAAUGACCUUAGAAGUGGAGGGUUUGAUGAGAUAGAUCAACAGUUAACAGCGAACUUUGAAGCUAAACAACAGGAACUGAGAGAGGCCGCAGUAGAUGAGCUGAAUGAGAAUCCCAAACUGGAGGAGCUCACCUUCAUCCUGAAUGAAGAAUACCGCCUAAAGCCAGAGACCCGCACUCUUCUCUUUGUUACCACAAGAGCGCUAGUGUCCGCUUUGAAGAAAUGGAUUGAUGAAAAUCCUACACUCAGCUACCUAAAACCGGAUGCGUUGAUGGGGCGUAACAAAAGAAACCAGCAGACAGGGAUGACCCUCUCAAAUCAAAAGGACGUACUGGACUCAUUCAAAACCAACGGCGACAGUAAGAUACUAAUAACUACAGCAGUCGCAGAUGAAGGGAUUGAUAUUGCUCAGUGCAACCUGGUUCUCCUCUAUGAAUACUCUGGCAACGUCACCAAAAUGAUCCAAGUCCGAGGUCGUGGAAGGGCAAAAGACAGCAAGUGCAUCCUUGUGACAAGCAAAAGCGAAGUGGCUGAGAAUGAGAGAAACAAUAUCUAUAAGGAGGAGAUGAUGAACAAAGCCAUCAAGCAGCUGCAGGAGUGGGAUGAGGAAAAGUUCGCAAGGAAGAUAAAUGACCUGCAAAACAAGGAAAAGACCCUGCGAGAUUCCAGAAAGAGAGAAAUUAAACAAAAGCCCCUGGAGGGCAAUAGACAGUUGCUCUGUGGGAAAUGCAAAGCAUAUGCCUGUAACACAGAAGACAUCCGGGUAAUAGAGAAGGCUCACCACACCGUCUUAGGUGCCCUGUUUCGGGAACGUUUUCUAACAAAGCCUCACAAAAAACCAAGCCGCUAUGACCACUUUGAGAAGAAAUGUAAAAUGUCCUGCCGGGACUCCAAGUGCCAGCAUGAUUGGGGCAUCACAGUGAGGUACAAGGCAUUCGAUGACCUCCCAGUGAUCAAAAUUGAAAGCUUUGUGGUGAAGGAUAUUACAACUGGGAAACUCGCAGUUUUCCGGAAAUGGAGAGAGGUGGAUUUCGCAAUGAAGGAAUUUGACAUUAAUGAAAUGUCCAGCACAGAGUGAGUAACAACUGGUUCAUCACCGCCUUACUGGGUGAUUUAUUUCAAGGUACACAAAUGCAUGUUCCUAACAAGUGUCACAUAGAUUAUAUGCAGAAUGGGUAAAUGGCAGCACUUGCUUAAAGAGGGCUCUGCAGUCUUUCAUUAGUAAUCUAUUAUUCUGAAGGUUGCACCUUAUUUUGUACUCAGAGUUCCAAGUGGAUGAAGACUAAUAACGCUCUAGGAAUUAUUUUAUUUCAUGCCAUGGCUGAUUCGAUAAAAUGGGCAAAAAAAGUCUUAACGGUCUGGCAUUCUUAAAUAAUGAAGAGGGAGUAUACGCAUGUCACUCCAAUAGACUACUUAGAGCACUCCCUAAUUUGUAUUCUGAUGGCAUGCUUAGUUAAGUCUUCACCUCUGCAAAAUAGUUUGUGUAGUGUGUGGAAAAAACAAAUUUGAAUGCCUAAUCAAAACUUAUUAGCUAAAAUGUGUAGAUAUUUAUGUGGAAUUCUACAAGUGAACAGUUGAAGUUGCAUGUGUUUUGCAUUGAUUGGAUUUAUCUGUUUUAUUGCUAUUUGUUCAUGUUGCACUUUAUGGAGCCUGAACUCAUUAAAUCUUAACAUUCAAUUUGCCCCCAGACUUCAUUUAUGCUAGGAUGUAGAGUUGUUUACAGGUGAAAUACAAGGUAGAUUGGUUCCUUCACAGUAAGGAACUGAAGUCCGAUUUAAGAGAUUCAACUUUCUGGAUUUCGAGACUACGCUUGGUCCCUAAUUUAGUAUUUUGUGAGAAGAGCUGGAUAAUUUUUGUUUAACUGAACAAACACACUUUAGAUUUAAAAAAAUCCGGUUCAGAAAUGUUAGGCUUAACAAAAUGAAGCCACUUACCUCCUCUGCAACUGCUGCUACUCAGUCUCCUAGUGGGAGGCAGGUCUAGCCAGAACUGAUUUAAAGUAAAACCAAGAUCUCCCAUUUAUACCUGCAAGAGGUUAGCUUCAUCCCUCUCAUUAGACAACUGAAAUCCACUGUUUGUCUGUAUCAUAACAGACAAGGAUAAACAGUUCCUUUGUUUUCAACUUAAGCAAUUUACUUUAGGAGGAAAACUUUCUCUAUAGUGGUGAUUGGCAGCUGUUUAACAAUCUGCACUGCUAACUACUAAUUAGCACAAUAAAUUUAAGUAGACAGUAAUGCUCUGUUUUAAUUCCUCAUGAAAACAGAUGCAUUUAAAUAAAAUAACUUUAAUGGAAGUGUGAUUAGUAUUCCAUCAUUAAAACAGUCUUUCUACAAACUGGUUGCUUCCUGCAGCAAAAUUUGAAGUGUUAGUCAGAAGAUUGAACGGGAGCAUUUAUUUCCAUUGUUACACCAUUACUUUCCUGCUUUAGGAGUUUAGAAAGUUUCCAUUAAUAAAAGCCAGUGUGUUUCUUAUACUUAUGUGACAGUGCCCCCCAUAAGGCUUUAUGGAAAUAUACUUAUGAAUGUAUACCACCAUGUAACACAUCUGAGUAAAGGCUAUGAUCUAUUGAAUCUAUUAA